AUGGCCGCCUUCGAGGAGGCGGUGACCUUCCAGGACGUGGCCGUGGUCUUCAGCGAGGAGGAGCUGCGGCUGCUGGACACUGCGCAGAGGGCGCUGUACCGCGAGGUGAUGCUGGAGAACUUCCGGAACCUGCUGUCCGUGGGUGAGGACGGGUGUCACCCCUUCACACCUGAUCCAUCCCACUCAGAAAACAGGAAAGGGCUGGACGUGAAGACAGCAACCCAAAGAGAAAGGGGAUCAGCAGAUCGGACCCACGGUGAGACGGGGACGGUCCCAGAAGCAGAGCUGCGUGAAGAGCGCUCUCGUGAGCAGAUCUGGGAGCACGCUGCAGGCGACUCAACCAGACUCCAAGACCCCGCGCUGCGUCAUCUUUGGUUCCCCAAACCAGGUGAUUCGUCCUGCCAGGUUGGGACAGGACUGUGCUUGACCCUCCCUGGACAAACAUCUCUCCAGGAUAAUGAGCGUAAGAAGUUCUCUGACGGCGCCAGCUUUGUCCUCCACGCACAGUCACACCUGGGAGAGAAGUCUCAUACGUGUGCCGAGUGUGGGAAAAGCUUCCGUUAGAGUUCAGCUCUUCGUGUUCAUCAGAGGGCCCACAGGGGUGAGAGACGCUGUAAGUGUGCCGAGUGUGGUAAGGAGUUCAGCCAGAGCUGUCUACAAGCCCACCAGAAAGUCCACACCGUGGAGAAACCGUGCACAUGCGCAGAGUGUGGGAAAGGCUUCAGCCGCAGAGCCACGCUCACCGUGCACCACAAGCUGCACACGGGAGAGAAACCUCACACUUGCAAGGAGUGCGGGCGGGCCUUCGUGCACGCGUCCCACCUGCAGGAACAUCAGAGAAUCCACACCGGGGAGAAGCCGUUCCAGUGUGACUUGUGUGGCAAGAACUUCCGCCGGAGAUCAGGGCUCGAUAACCACUGCACGGUGCACGCGGGAGAGAAGCCGUACGGAUGCGCGGAGUGUGGGAGGCGCUGCACCUGCAGCUCGAAUCUGCACAUCCACCAGAGGGUCCACACGGGAGAAAAACCCUACAAGUGCGCAGAAUGUGGCAAGAGCUUCAUUCAGCCUUCGCAGUUUCAGGCCCACCGCAGAAUCCACACGGGAGAGAAACCGUACGUGUGCAAAGUGUGCGGCAAGGGCUUCAUGUACAGUUCAAGUUUUCAGGCCCAUCAAGGAGUCCACACUGGGGAGAAGCCGUACAGGUGUGACGCGCAUGGCAAGAGCUUCAGGAUGAAAAUCCAUGACCAAGUCCACUUGGUGGUCCACAGAGAGAAACCUGAUAAAUGUGAGAUAUGCCAGAAAGCCUUCCGGCAGAGUUCGUAUCUUAAAAUCCACCAGAAGGCCCACAGCGUAGAGAAACCUUACAGGUGUGAGGAGUGCGGGCAGGGCUUCAAUCAGAACUCAUGCCUUCAGACUCACCAGCUGGGCCACACUGGGGAGAAGCCCUACAAGUGUGACGAGUGUGGGAAGGGCUUCCGUCGGAGGGCAGAUCUGAAGAUUCAUUGCAGGAUCCACACGGGGGAGAAACCAUACCACUGUGAGGACUGCGGGCAGGUGUUCCGGCAGGCCUCAAAUCUUCUGGCCCAUCAGAGGGUGCACAGUGGCGAGAAACCAUUCAAAUGCGACGCCUGCGGGAAGGGCUUUGGUCGGAGUUCCCACCUCCAAGCCCAUCAGAAAGUGCACACGGGAGAAAAGCCGUACAGGUGCGAGGCGUGUGGCAAGGGCUUCAAGUGGAGCCUGAAUCUGGCCAUGCACCAGCGGGUGCACACGGGAGAGAGGCCGUACAGGUGUGGGGAGUGCGGCAAGUCCUUCAGUCAGGCCUCCAGCCUUCAGCUGCAUCAGAGCGUCCACACUGGGGAGAAGCCGUACAGGUGCGGCGAGUGUGGCAAAGUCUUCAGUCGGUCGUCACAGCUGCGGUCACAUCAGAGAGUGCACACGGGGGAGAAGCCGUACAGCUGUGCCGUGUGUGGGAAGACCUUCAGCUGGAAGUCCAACCUUACGAUUCAUCACAGAAUCCACGCAGGAGAUGCGUGUUAUGAACGUGGUGAGAACCUGAGAGCCUUGCCAGUGGAAAGGGCUUCUACAACAUGACGUUUUGCAAAGCCCACAUACAACCCCAGUGCUUGUAAGCUUCGGGUUUUGCAGGGGAGAAGGUACUUGUUUUAUGUGCAUCCAUAUUUAAAGCAAUAUCUCUAUGCACCCCACACAGCUGAGAACCUUGGAAGUGGUACAGUAAGGGCUUCAGUCACAAGUUUGACCUCUAUCAGGUGUUGUUCAGAAGACAGAACUAGAAGGGGAAGGCAUUUGCUGUGGCCUUUAACAAAAGUACAGUGAUGGGGCCGGCGCCGCGGCUCACUAGGCUAAUCCUCCGCCUUGCAGCGCCGGCACACCGGGUUCUAGUCCCGGUCAGGGCGCCGGAUUCUGUCCCGGUUGCCCCUCUUCCAGGCCAGCUCUCUGCUGUGGCCCGGGAGUGCAGUGGAGGAUGGCCCAAGUGCUUGGGCCCUGCACCCCAUGGGAGACCAGGAGAAGAACCUGGCUCCUGCCUUCGGAUCAGCGUGGUGCGCCGGCUGCGGCGCGCCAGCCGCGGCGGCCAUUGGAGGGUGAACCAACGGCAAAGGAAGACCUUUCUCUCUGUCUCUCUCUCUCACUGUCCACUCUGCCUGUCAAAAAAAAAAAAAAAAAGUACAGUGAUGGGUAUGCCGAAAUGGAUGUCCCUAGACGGUCGGUGGGGACAGGAGCACUGCUGCUGAAUCAGUUAACCUUGGGUAGCACUGCUAAGUGUGCCCCGGACGUGCUGGUUAAACGAAUCAGAAAGAACGUGCAGCAUCUGCAAAUCGCAUCCAGAGAAGGGAACCUGGGAAAUAAAAUGUUUCAGAGAAUGAACGCUGCUUGGGAUGCACAUGAUUGCUCCCCGCUGCAGUCAGCUCCCUCACUCCUGCGAGUGGGUUCUCAGCAUGUGGGCCUUGGCUGGUUCCCAAAGUUGUAUACGAUAGAAGCUGAACUAUGUUGUUGAUUUCUUCUGACAGCAUUAGACUGGAAGUUUUAUUAACCUCACAGUAACAAGUUACUGUUGAAGGAGGGCUUUACUGUCACACUUUGGAAGUGUUGAGCGUCGUUACAAAUGACAAAAUUUUCUUUGUCGACAUUGAAUUUAUUAUUGCUUUUUGAUUCUCUGUAUUUCCAUCUGGACCUUAAAUUAUUGCCUUCUGGUCACUGUAGCAUUCUUUCAUCAAAAUGUCUCAGGUAGUGCCAUACUGUAUUCUUACCCCACAUCUAUGAAGCAAAUACCAAAAAACAAACCAACCCUGUGGAAAUUUGAUAAUUUUAUCAACUUUAUUAUUGGGGGAGAAGUGACAUUCAUAUACUUUUUCAUUUUUGUAGUAGUAAAACAUGGUUUUGGAAACUAUAUCUGAAUAUAAUGUAUAUCUCUUUGAUCUGGAGAGCAAAUAAAUAGAAAUCGAUUAUGAGAUUAAAAUGCCACAGAGACAAGUAACAUUAAUGAUGUCACUGAAUUUUUUUAAUGAAAGCAUGCGUUCAUUUAUAGGAAUUUUGAGCUUUGAUAAAUUUAUUCCUCUUACUCUGAAGUCAUUAAAUGAUGGUAGAUAUAUACAGUGACAGAGGAAUAUAUAAAAUGGGCUUUGGAAACUCAGCUUGUAGCUUUUGUAGCAUAACCAAAGGCAGAUUGUGUGUGUGUGUGCACACGCGUGUGCGUGAGUGCGCGUGCGCAGACUGCCACAUGAGUCAGCACUUCAUUCCUUCCACUGCUGAGUACUGUUGCCUGGGAUGGACACACUGCAGUGUGUUUCUCCAUUUGACUGUGAAACCUAACGCCACCGUUAGUCUCUGUGUCAGUAUGUUGCAGCUCUUCUAGGUCUGCUCUUCGGAGCGGAGUGGCCGAAAGUCCAAGCCAGUGUUCCUGGGGCACAGUUUUGGUGAUGUCAGUCUCCCUACGAUGUACACGCCCUGACGUCAGCCAGUCUGUCCUAGGAAUGGCGGCGCUGAGACUGGGGCUCGAAAACAUCAGCCGAUGGUCACGGUCGUGCAUUUUGCAAGACGGUGGGGGGAGCCUGGCAAUGGGAGAGGACUGCAGUGUCACCCUUAGGCCUAGAAAAAGGGGCUCCCCCUCUGGCCCUAUUCCUCAGGGGCCUCCACAACUGUACAGUUGCUUCUUCAGGGUCUGGCGCCCGGGCCUGUGACUGCCAGUGCUGUCCAGGUGGAGAGCCCCAGGCU